AUGGAGUUGCUGGCCGCUGGCGCUGCUGGAGCUGGCGUUCUCAGCUACAACCGGAAGAACUUCAUGUUUGACAAGGAGCAGUUCAGAGAAAGGGUCUACUUCAGCCAAGAGAUGAAGAUUCGAAAACAUGAGCUUUACAGAGAGGACAUUCGGGACUUGACCGACCUCACCGUGUCCAAGAUGGAUGUGUACAUGGUCAUCAACGUCCUGCAACUGCUGUUUUGCGUGAUGCUGUUCACAGAGGGCAUGCCAUCACCUGGUUCCACCCCGCUAUGGCUGCACUGGAUUCUGGCCGCGACCAGCGGCUCUGGCGUGCUUUAUUUCGUCCUCAGCAUUUGGCUUUCGAUGCACGCAUCGAUUGCGGCCCAUUCCUUCGGGGUGCGGAUGUUGACGCAGUUUGUGCGACUCCCGGUGCCCAACUUGCAGCAGAUUGACUCCGCGGCGGCCAAAGCGAAGGACUAUGAGGCGAUGAGUCUGGGCCAGAUCCUCCGCAUCCCAGUUCUGCAGCAACAGCUGAGGAAACUCACCGCCACCAUGGGUGACCUGACGCAGAGCGAUGAGCUGGAGGACACCACUGGACAGGAGGACAACUUCCUACCAGAGGUGGCAGGAGUUUCCAUCGAGGAAGCUGCGACAUUGAAGCACAUCCAGCUGUACAGAGACCUGCAAGCGAACUGGCAGGCCUACGAUGCUUACAGUCGCGUGAGCAUGGCAAUGGGAACGAACCAGCUGCUUCAGUCCAUCAACGCCUACAUUUUGGGUGUCCUUUUGUCCGAAACGAAGACCGGCUGGGCCGCUGCCAGCUGCAUGGCGGUGGUGAGCUGCGCCGCCUGGCUCAUCAUCAGGCGCGUCACGCGGACGCGGCCGACGCGGCGCGUCACGGACGCCGCGGCGAGGAGGCCGAGCACGCGGGCGUCUGCGACGCGCGCGCGUGUGUUUACGGCUUGGGUGUGGUGCGACAAGUCCUCCCCUUUCUGUUUGAACAUGUAUACACAGACCCCGUGGCCCAAUGGUAGACCGGUCCAUUUUCUGAAGCUUCCAGGGAGCUGGGAGGUCUCCCUCUCCAUACGGUUGAGCUCAGUGUCAUGCUUAGUCAGACACGACCAGAUGAUGAGCCGACCGGAUGACCGUGAGAGACAGGAUCCAAUGAAUCCAAACACAUGUCCACGGGCCAAAAAAGGAGUUGAACCACAAUGA